CAUAGUGUCUACAGAUUCUGAGAAGCUAAGUUUGCUUGUACGUAUCGGUUGAGUGACGAUAGAUUUAUUUCUGUACAUGCUUAUUUUGUGUUGAUUAAUGUUUCUCUCUUCCUUGUUCUACCUCGAGCAUUUCUAGUGGUGCCAUACGGUGUAACCAGCCUACACCCACGUACACUUCACCGUCUGACGCUCCGCAUUCAUCAGUACUCAUUCUGACUUUGAGCGGCCUGUGAACUGGUCCCUUAAAGAUUUGCUUUUUGGUUGCCGCCACAGACCUGGGUCUUCCUCUUGGUGACGAGUAAACCAUAGCACUACAUGCGUCUUCUUCCGAAGACGAUCCAGAUAAUGGACAAGGUGGUGGCUCAAACUCUGGGCUGUCGAGAAAGUCUUGGAACUUGUCGUCAAUCUCCCGUUGCCGAUCACAGUCACUGUCCUCGUAUGAUCGACCCAGGCAGCAGCUUGAAAGUGGGAUUGGAGAACGCUUUCCUGACGAUAGGCAGCAUGGAGGUGACAUUCUAUAGCAGGGUGAUCCUCUUCUACUGGAUGUCUGGCUCGAUCUCCGGCUUCGAGCAGAUGUUAAAGGCGAUAUUGAAUACGAGACUCCUGGCCUUCUGGGAUUUGGACUUCUCCGCCUAGGACUGCAUCGAGGGCUGGACUUGGUGCUGGGAGUGGCAGGAUAUGAUAUACCAGGUUGACGCGGGUUGAGCCCGGCGCUUGCACAGCUUCUAGGACUUUCAAGGUGGUGGUAACAAGGGGAAGUUGAGAGCCGCACCUCAAUGUCGUGUUCUAGGGGUGGCGGACUUUUUGGAUUGUGUUGGAGAUGCUGGUGCAGACGAUCUCGAUCGUGGUGAGCCUGUUGCUGGUGGUGUUCCAUAGGAGAUUUAGAAGAAGGCAUACCGUCUUCCAACCAGCGGAGUAUCUCGCGAAGGGCAACACUCGACUGCUUCACAGAGCUCCUUCGUUGUGACGAUGACGAUGCGGCAGAAGUGAAGCUCUCCAUCGAAGCAGCUCGGCUGAAUCUUCUUGGCUGGCACACCAUGAACGCAAACUGGCCUUGCCUGGUGAAACCGGCCGAUCCAGAAAGCCAGGCUUCUCCCUCCGUGGAGAACUUGACGAUCGAGUCUCCUUCCAUGGUUACCCGCCCCUCGCCAACUUUCAAGUUCCUCGAAGUCGACGGCUUGCUCCCUUGAGGUGCACCCAGGAUGUACACCUUGGCAUCGACUCCUAUUGGGCCUCUACCUUGGCUGAGUUCUAUGUUGAGUGGAACUACUGGAGAGACGUCGUCACAGGCAAUAGCCGUAAUGUCAAGUGCAGGAUUGGUGAUAAAAAAUCUGCAAAGCAAGCACAGAGGAGCUUUUGUUUCAAGGUGGUUUGCGUGGGACAGCAACCCAUGGCGGGGUAGCUGAGGGCCAUCUCGCCUUCUUUGGCACUGCUGACGCUGGGUAUGGUUCCAUGGCUGGUGGCUCAGCAGAACAAUGGACGGCUUUUUUGUUGCGACUACACCCUUCACAGAGGAGGAGGAUGGCGCGAAGCAACACAAGUUACGCAGUUUUAGCCUUUGUUUCUUGGAGAAGAUUUUGAUCCCCUUGGGCAGCAGCUUCAUGCGCAUCGUGAUCGGUGUGUCAUUUGCUGGAGUCCCUGGUCUGGUCUUUCUUUUUGUUUCUACGAUGGUGCGACUCUUGGAUCAGGUGCCAUAUCACACCACCUCUAACCGCCAGCCGCCGAGGGACGAUUCAGGUGGCUCCAGCGCAGCAACGGUGACGGUUAGGCUUCGCGUUCACGUGAGGCCGAGCGCCUCCCAUUCGGUUGUGCUUGCGGAUGGACACACUGAACAAGCUGUGCUGUGUGGUUCCGCCGGCUUCCGCCGGAGAGAUCGUGGCACCCUCACCGAUCAACGAAGACGAAGUCAAGAAGAGCUUGAUCGCUAGGGGGAGUUCCGUGGUUAGCGUCGACAGCAGCGAUGGGUUUGGGAUUAUCAUCAGCAAGGAUGUCAUCUUGACAACCAGUUCUACGUUUCCGGAUCCAGCGGCUGCGGAAGGUGCAACCGUCAACGUCCGUACUCCUCCAGCCGCGUCGCUCGAGCUCAAGUUGUGGCCUCAGAGAUUCUUCGUGACCAACAGGGACUUGGACCUGACACUCGUCGCUUGCGACCCCAUCACGACAUCAGACGUGUCGCCGCUCAUGUCCGACGCCUCCAAGAUCUCUAGGCAAUCACUGGAGGCGGGCUCUAAGGUGUACAUUCUGGGGUAUCCCAGGGGGAGCAAGAUGGGCUCCAAGUCCAGUGCAGCGCUCGGAGAGGGGAGAGUGACGGUGAAGGAGGACAAGUUCUUGAGGAUCCAGACGGAUGGCCUGGUCUGGGCAUCCGGCUCCGCCGGUUUCAACGAGCAGGGCCAGCUCGCGUUCGUGAUUUGCAAUCCCCACCAGUCCUUCGCAGCGGGGUCGUCAUCGAUUCACGGAGAAGAGCGGAGGGACGACAAGCAAUCGGGUGUUUCCAUCGGGGACGUUUGCUCGCGGCUCAUUCAAGUUUGAAUGGGAAUAUGCUCCGGGGAUCUAUAUCUGGUUGAGUCAGCAAGCAUCAAGCGUCAUCUGUUACGCGCAAGCGUGACACGUGGCCCCAGCCACUUAUCCCACGGCUGUCCUCGUCUGUGGAGUGCCGGCGCCCAAGAGGGAUGGGACACCUCAGACUGUAGUUGCCAAAGGUUUCGAGGAAUGGACAGCAUGGAAGCCGCGAUUGCAGCUGGAGUUGGCGCUCAUCCUUCGGCAACAGCAGCUAAGAGGCCUCAGCUCCCCAAUAAUUUCUUCAAGUUUCCUGCUCCAGCGCGUCUCAAAGCGAUCCAGCACUACAUAAAUUCGUUUGAGUACAAGCAAACACCGACAACCAGCUUCAACUCUCACAAGUUCAGACCACUGUCACGCAUCAUGGACACUGCGAAGAUGAUGAUCUAUUCACCACAACCGAUCAAGUGCGUGGAAGCAGUUUUUCUCGCGCUGUAUCUCACAGCAGGCAUGCAGGAUGUUGAGCGCAUCCCUUUGAGUUUCAAGACACAAGAGGACGACAAGGUGCACCAACAUAUAGUCUUACUGGUUCGCUACGGGGACAAGUAUGGCGCCUUUGGGAUAAGCCGGCGGACGGACCUCAUGAACAAGGAGUUCGACUACGACAAUAUAUCGAGCAUUGUCGAGAACUACAAGCGAGCAUACGAGAACCACAUGCACACUGUGCUCAAGAUACGCAUUGGCCUUCCGGUGGAGCACAACGUUGAGUCUUACAAUUUCAUCUGCUGGCGAUAUUUGACGAUCGCCCCUUGCACGCAGCACUGGGAACAAUGCUGCGACGAGAUGGACAGACACGUCCAGCAGGGCAAGAAGCUGUGGGAGAAGUGGUUGAUCGAGGGACAAGGCGGAGCUGCCAAGACAUCUGCUUUCAGGCAGUGCCAGAAGAAAGAGGACGAUCCAAGGGCGAGGCCAUCGAGUGUUUCCGCAGCGCUGGUGACAAAGCAGGUGACGACGGCUGCUACAGCCAAGGAUUCAAGGCGGCCAGGGUCGCGCUCGAGAACUUUCAGGCUCGCAAGGGCCGAGGCGAGCGGCACUGGUAAGGUGAUUGUUAGCAAGAGAGAAGGUAAAGUGUCAAGAGGCUGGAGUCGUCGAGCUAGGCUGGUAAAAGGCAGGAAGUCGAGCACGAAAAAGUUUGCAUUGAAAGGUCGCACCAUCGAGCUUGAGGUUGUGUCCACCAGGAUCUGCGAGGCAGUCCCGUGCAGGUGUAAAGUUCAAAUUACUGUGCUCAAGUAGAAGAGAGUGAGAGUUUGUUGUGUUUCUAGCCAGAAAAGAGUUGCUCAUACUAUUGAAUGGUCUUUUGUGCUGCACAGUUACAGAGACGAGCAACACCACAACAGCCAGAGUAGGCUUUUGUGACAUACCUUCGAUUAGAUAUUUCAGUGAGGACUAGAAGGGUGGAAGGACAGAGAAUGCGCAAGCAAAUUUGUUCCUUUGCCCGGUUUGUAAAACUGGUUUGGUUGAAAAUAACUGCUAUAAAUCAUUUC